AUGGGCGACAUGGACCUGACAGAGGACCAGAUCGCCUGGAGGCAGGAGGCCUUCUCGCUGUUCGACGUCGACCGGGACGGCCACAUCACGCCCCCCGAGCUGGGCUUCCUCAUGCGCUCACCCGGUGGGAACCCCAUGCAGGUGCACCUCUGGGAUUUCGCCGCGCAGGAGAAGCUCACGGCGCCCUUCGACUCUCCGCGCUUCCUCAGGCUCACGCGCGCCCACCUCAAGCCCUAG